ACAUUUAAAUAAAGUUGACAAAUGCGCGCAAUGUGUCAUACUCUAACUGGUUCACUUAAUGUCAUGUAAUGUCUAUACAGCCUUGUAUUGGACUGCGCGCAGUGCAUAAGACAGCAGACCCUAACAGGUGAAUCACUGUCCACUAAUAAUGGAGGAUAAAGAGGCUUCUAGAACACCUGAUCAUGAAUCUAAAGAUGAGAAACUACAUCUAGAUCUAUCCCCUGUUAGCGAUCUGAUCAAAUCACUAUCAGGUACAGUAGAAGAAAAAUCAAAGAGGCACUACAAAGAUGAGAUUGAAUUAGGCUCUCCAGGAAAAGGCAAAGUUCGAGUGUAUCGAACCAGUCAAGUUAUCGAACAAGAUGGGAUUCUAGAACAAGCCAUCUUCCUGUUUCCAUCUGUAGUGAGUAUAAACGUUGGAGGCUAUAAUUACCACUCUACUUCUUAUACAUUGACACAGUACCCUGACUCAAGGCUCGCUAAGAUGUGUAAUGGGAUCGUCCCGCUUUCUAAGGAUGUUCGUGGAAAUACAUUCAUCGACCGAGAUGGGGAGACAUUUCGUUACAUAUUGAGCUUCUUAAGGACAAAGAAACUAAAAUUGCCGUUAGAUUUCAAAAGUUUUGAUGAACUUGAAGCUGAAGCAGAGUACUUUGAAAUAUACGACUUAGUGGAAGAGUUAAAGAAAGAGAAAUCAAAAUAUACCAAACAGAACUCGUACAUAAGGCUUAGCUAUUUCAGUAAGAAAAAGGGUGUGGUACUUGCAGGUGAGGUCAAGAAUCUUGUUGAAAUUAUCCCCAAGCCAAUUCCUGGUGCGCAACUAAAAACUGGUGAAGAUUUUCACUUCAGUACAGGGGAGAAGGUCGUUCAAGGAGCACAAAUGGAGAUUCCUUUGAAACCAACACAAGUGGAUGCACUUGUUCAACACAUUAUUGACGCAGGAUAUGUUAUAGAAGGUUCAAAGGUUAUGUUUGACGGCAACGACCAGACUUGGGUUUUUGUGCGACGAAUCAAUUGAAUGCUCGACUUAAAGGGACAGAAACUGACGAACACGAUGGAAGAAAUUGGAAUAAAUUUGUAAAAAUGCAUGAAAGAUAUAACUCUUCUUCUUUCAAAUGAUGAUGAAAUUUCCAUUUUUGCAUUAAAAAAAGGUUCCAUAUUUCUCUCUAAACGACGGACUUUGACCGCACUUACAAUGUUUUAAAGGAAACAUGAUCUGGAUCCAAACGUCCGACAAGUUAUGGGCGACAUGCACAUGUAGAACUUAUAGAGAAAGUUCGGUUUCGAUUGAGGCGGAUAACGUGGUAAAAGUAAACUAGAGUUAGUCCUAGUACAUCGGAAUCGCUGGUUGAAACUUUUACAAUAAUAAAAUCCAAGAUACAGCAA